AAUCGAGGAGAGAGAGAUUAUCGUUAAUCCAUGGCGGCUCCGUCGCCGUCUUCGCCACCAAACCUCCUCUCUCCGCCACCAUUCCGAUCUCCCGAAGCUUCUUACUUUCUCCGAACCUGUUCAAAUUUCUCUCAAUUGAAACAAAUUCACACCAAAAUCAUCAAACACAAUCUCACUAACGAUCAAUUACUUGUUCGUCAGCUCAUAAGUGUUUCUUCUUCCUUCGGAGAAACCCAGUACGCUUCUCUCGUCUUUAAUCAACUUCAAUCUCCUUCUACGUUUACUUGGAACCUUAUGAUACGAUCUCUCUCACUCAAUCACAAGCCUCGUGAAGCUCUUCUUCUCUUUAUCCUUAUGCUCUCUCAUCAAUCACAGUUUGAUAAAUUCACUUUCCCUUUUGUUAUCAAAGCUUGUCUCGCUUCUUCUUCUCUUCGUUUAGGUACUCAAGUUCAUGGUUUAGCUAUUAAAGCUGGGUUUUUUAAUGAUGUGUUCUUCCAAAACACUCUUAUGGAUCUUUACUUUAAGUGUGGGAAACCAGAUUGUGGACGUAAGGUGUUUGAUAAAAUGCCUGGGAGAAGUAUUGUUUCAUGGACUACUAUGCUUUAUGGUCUUGUAUCUAAUUCUCAGUUAGAUUCUGCAGAGAUUGUAUUCAAUCAAAUGCCAAUGAGAAAUGUUGUUUCAUGGACUGCGAUGAUCACUGCUUAUGUUAAGAACCGUAGACCCGAUGAGGCAUUUCAGCUCUUUAGGAGAAUGCAGGUUGAUGAUGUUAGGCCUAAUGAGUUUACGAUUGUUAAUUUGUUGCAAGCUUCUACUCAACUUGGAAGCUUGUCUAUGGGAAGAUGGGUUCAUGAUUAUGCUCAUAAGAACGGUUUCGUGCUUGAUUGUUAUCUUGGAACCGCUUUGAUCGAUAUGUAUAGCAAAUGUGGAAGCUUGCAGGACGCAAGGAAAGUCUUUGAUGUGAUGCAGAGUAAGAGUUUAGCGACUUGGAAUUCGAUGAUUACUAGCUUGGGGGUACAUGGAUGUGGUGAAGAAGCUUUGUCUCUGUUUGAAGAGAUGGAAGAAGAAGCAAGUGUAGAACCAGAUGCUAUCACUUUCGUCGGUGUCUUAUCCGCUUGUGCAAAUACCGGGAAUGUAAAGGAUGGUUUGAGGUACUUCACACAGAUGAUCCAAGUUUACGGUAUCUCACCUAUUCGGGAACAUAAUGCUUGUAUGAUCCAAUUGUUGGAGCAAGCGCUCGAAGUGGACAAAGCUUCUGACUCCAUGGAUUCUGAUCCAAACUUCAAUUCUUCAUUUGGUAAUGAAUACACGGAUCGAGUGAAUGAAAGGCACGAAACUCCGAGCCAGCAUCAGAUUAUGUUCUCCAAGUGGGAUACAGGCCGAUUUUGAAGGUUCAGUGUCUCUUGACAUAUAUUUUUUUCGUCUAUUAAACAGAUUCAUUGAUCAUCUUUGUAACUAUAAAAGAAAAGCUCCUGCAAAAGUAGUGUUAUGUCAUGUACUUGUAAAAGGAAUGGAGUUUAGAUAUGCUUAAGCAGUGAAAAUAGUAAAUUCGAUUUGUAAUA